AUGGCAGCUACCCUCCCCCCAAUAAUAUCACUAUCCGCCCUCCCCCUCACCGACCAACUCAAAGUGCUCGACACACUCUUCGAACCCUCCUCCGAACUACACAAUCUCCUCCAACCGAUUCUCUCCAACAACAAGGACCAAACAUUCACAUCAUAUAACAGCCUCAUCGACGCUAUCUACAGCCAACUAACAGCAUUAUCCGCAACAAGCGACCCACAGCAAAAGCAACUCUUAUAUGGCAUUCUGGGCUCCCAUCCCCGCCUCGGAGCAGCGUCCCCUACUGCGCAGGCGGGGUUGAGUGAAUUGAGUAGAAGAGAGCAGGCGAAUAUUAAUAAGUCGACUGAUCAGGAAGCUGCCGCGGAUCAGGCUGCGCGGUUGAGUGCGUUGAAUAAAGAGUAUGAGGAGACGUAUCCGGGUUUGAGAUAUGUGACGUUCGUGAAUGGUCGAGGUCGAGACGUUAUCAUGGUCGAUAUGAGACGGAGAAUUGACCGUGGAGAAUUUGAGCAGGAAGUUAGAGAUAAUAUUGAGGCUAUGUGUGAUAUUGCCAAAGAUCGCGCUAAGAAAUUACAAUCCAAUCUAUAG